UGAUAGUUUAUGGUCGGAAAUCGGCAAAUACAGACUGCUGAGUACGACAACAUGGCAGCGGAGCGGUGGAUUGUUUACGCGCCGCCGCCAUUGGACCCGCACGCAGCCCUUCCGGAAGACGCAGCCGCUCGUUGACCUUCGUAUACCGCUAAGCAGUGAUAAUGGAUCAGGAGGAACUACAGUAUGAGGAGGUGGUGGAAGCUGGGGAUGGAGGUGAUGAGAACUUUGUUGGUGCUGCAGAGGACGAGCAUCAGCUCAAUGAUACUGACCAGUCCAUUGAGACAGAAUUGGAGGCCAUCAAAGCACGGGUGAGGGAGAUGGAAGAGGAGGCUGAAAAAAUUCGUCAGAUUCAGUCUGAGGUGGACAAGCAGAUGAGUCUUGGCUCCCCACCUGGGGCAGCUGGUGCCACCUCCCCCCUCAACAUGUCCAUAGAGGAAAAAAUGGAGGUUGAUGCUCGGUCAAUCUAUGUCGGCAAUGUGGAUUAUGGGGCCACAGCAGAGGAGCUUGAGCAGCACUUCCAUGGGUGUGGCGCAGUCAACAGAGUCACCAUCCUCUGCAACAAGUAUGACGGCCAUCCCAAGGGCUUUGCAUACAUAGAGUUUGCUGAGAAAGACUCCGUGCAGAUGGCCAUGGCCCUUGAUGAGUCACUGUUCAGGGGUAGACAACUCAAGGUGAUGCCUAAGAGGACCAACAAGCCUGGAAUCUCCACCAGCAAUCGGCCGCCGCGGGGGGUGAGGAUAGCAAGAGGCCGAGGGAGGUUUUACUCGGGCUACCGACCCACCAGACGACCCUCCAGGGGCCGGAGGUUCUACUACAGUCCAUAUUAAGUGACCGGAGGCAGGCAGGGAGAGGGAGUGAGAGAGAGGGAGUGUGAGGCAGGUGGAGGUGGAGGAAGUACUGUGCAAACUUCCACAGUUUUACAUAAUUCAUGAUUCAAUAUUUUAUUCAAUUCCUCAUUCUGUAAUAGUUUUGAAAUUUUCUCUCUAGUCUUUCCUUGACAUGUUCAUGAAUACCAAUGCAUCUCAGAUUCCAAGUUUAACGGCCACAGGGGAUAAGAGUUUAUUUUUAUAACACAGUAUGUCUGUCAUUUAGAGUUAGGUUGUGUGUGUGUGUGUGUGUGUGUGUGUGUGUGUGUGUGUGUGCAUGUUUGUGUGUGUGUGUGUGUGUGUGUGUGUGUGUGUGUGUGUGUGUGUGUGUGUGUGUGUGUUUGCUUGCAUGUGUGUGUGUGCAGAUGAAAGCGAGAAAGAGACUUGCAUUAGAAAGGGAAUUUUAAUUAGUGUGUGUGCACAAGUAACCCAACCUCUCCCCUCCUCCCUCCCUCACACAUCCUUCUCAGCCCUGGAUGACUGUACCAACCAGCAACACACGCAAAGCUCAGUAUUAUUGGCCAUCGCAACAGUCAAACUCAAAAUUAUAUGACAUUAGAAACAGUUGGGGGGUUUACAAGCUACUCAUAGGUAAAAGUUGAAGCUCUUAGGGAGAUAUUAGAGAAGUGGCCACACGAGUCUGCUGCAAGUGGACCAGACUGGGCGACCAGCUGCUCCAGCGGUAAGAUGUCCUAACCCUUCCUUUUCAGCGACACCAGAAGCAAAGCAGUCACAGGCCUUCUGCUUCUCAUGUACUUAUAAGUUUUUAUCUGGAUAAUGUACAAAUAUUUCACUAUUUACAAAAGUUUAGGAGAGUCACAAUUCUUAACCUCAAUUAACUUUUACUCUUGUCAUGAACUUUCCAGUAUUCAGUUGAGUUCAUUGCCCACUAACCAAUGAACAGGUGAUGACAAAAGACAAUAUCUUCCAGAUGUUCUUUAGGUCUUUCAUUUUGUUAACAUUGUGAAAUAUAAUUUAAUUGGUGUAUUCUGAGUCACAUUAGUUUUAAUGCUAACAGUCCCUAGCAGAUGUUUGAACAGAAUUAGGGAGUAAAAAAUCAUUAGUUGUGCAUCCUAAAGUGAAGUUAUUUUGGAGGUGCGUGGAUGAAAAUGCAUGAAAACUGGUGUUUGUAAGUGUGUUUGUGUGUGUGCGUGCAUAUGUUCUUACAUAUUUAGCUUAAUAUUUACCUAAUUGUACUGUACAUAAUUUAAAAUCUGUUUAUGUUGCGGCAUCUCAACAUAUGCUUUUAUUCAAAUUAAUUAACCUUAAUUACUCAUAAUCUACUACACAUUCAAACUAUUCCAGCCACUGAGACCUGCUGGAAAAGGUAUAUUUUUUAGGUAUUUAGGCUUUUUUUUUCUUUUCUUUUUCCUGCAGUUCCACUGGCUCUUAUCUGGAAUUCUGUGUGUGUGUGUGUGUUCGUGCGUGUGUGAGUGAGCGUGUACAUGUGUGUGGGUGUAUGUGUGUUUUGUAACACAUACCAUCAUCGAGAUAUUUUUCUUCAUAAUUAAUUUUCAUAACUGAUAUUUUAGCCAGGUAGCAUCAAACAUUGUCAUAUUCAUUGAUGUUAAUUAUGACCCACCCCAUAGAUAUUUCAACUGCACAUGUUUCAGUUUUGAGCAUCACCAAAAUCAUUACCCAGUAAGGAAACAUGUCCGCCCAGUGAGGAGCACUGGUGGCUGCUCAGGAUCAGCCUCACCAACACUACCUGUUCACACGUUGCCCUAGAAUUCAGUCAAGUCUAGAGUAGCUAGUUGUUGGCAGCCUAACCACAUGAUUCACCCUAGAACACCAUCUGGCUCUGGUACUGUAGUUUGGCUGGACUACGUAGUCACUAUAGUUACGUAGUCUUCAUAAAGUUGUACAAACUGUUGGUAGAAUAAGUUUUAGCUUCCCUCCUUCCCUUGUGGCUCUCCUGAACCCGCCUUUCACCAAGGGUAAAUAACCAUAGCUACUGUCUGUGUGUCUGUGACUGCUUUGCAUGGCUCUGACCAGCUUAAAAAAAAUAUGUGAAAAGAAUUGGGGUGAAAAAAAUUGUCAAAGAAUAAAAAAUAAAAAUUCAGGGAAUCAUUUAAAAAAAAAAUGUUAAAAUAAGAAAAAGGAAGGUUGUAAGAAAAUAAAAGAUGUAAACAAAA